AUGGAGUUGUCAGUUGUGUGGCAAAUUGCCCAACAGCCAAUGGCCUUUCGACUCCACCAAAAGACCAGUUAAUUGGCGAAUCUGAUUUUCUCAACUCCCAACGGUUACAUAUAAAUCUCUCUGUCUCUCUUUGCCUCUCUGACCUUUUCAUCUUCCUAAAUUAAAAUCAUAUUCAUAUCCAUCUCCAUCUCCAUCUCCAUCUGCAGCAAUUGAAGAGAAAGAAACAUCCAAUAGAAAUAAUGGGCAUGCAGCUGAUGAGGGCUUCUAGUUUUCAUCACCAUCUUCUUCAUCCCAAAAGCACUUCUACCCCUCCCGCAAAAGCACUUUUUGGUUUAGAACAUGUCAACAGCAGAAGCAUAGUAAACAUCAAAAGAAGAAAUCAAUAUUAUGGGAUUGUGGCUUCAAGCAAUUUUGCUUCAUCACUUUGGGACAGUUGGAGGCCUGAGAAGGGUUCGGCUGCUCCUUCUCUCAGUGAUAUUAUCUGGCCUUCUGCAGGGGCUUUUGCAGCAAUGGCGUUAUUGGGAAGGAUGGAUCAGAUAUUAGCACCAAAAGGAAUUUCAAUGACAAUUGCACCAUUAGGAGCUGUUUCUGCAGUCCUCUUUGCCACUCCUUCUGCUCCUGGUGCUCGGAAGUACAAUAUGUUCAUGGCACAAAUAGGUUGUGCAGCCAUUGGGGUGCUUGCAUUUUUCACAUUUGGCCCUGGAUGGCCUGCUAGAAGCUUUGCCCUAGCUGCAUCCGUUGCUUUCAUGAUUUGCACACGUUCCACACAUCCACCUGCUGCAAGCUUGCCUAUACUCUUCAUUGAUGGAGCUAAGUUCCAUAACCUGAGUUUUUGGUAUGCUUUGUUCCCCGGCGCCGCCGGAUGCCUUCUUCUUUGCUUGAUUCAAGAGAUAGUGUUAUACUUGAAGGACAACUUCAAAUUUUGAUCAUCUGGAAGCAAACACAUGCUUUGGUACUCACAUAGUUAGAUACAUCAUACAUUCAUCCAUCUCAAGUUCAAUAUUGGAGGAAAUGCACCAAUACUAUAGAAAUGAAAAAGGAAAGCUUGGGUAUAACUAAAGGUCAGCAAGUCUUGGGUUCGAUUAGCACCGGAUCUGCCAACGUACACGUGAAAUAAAGUCCAAGGAGCUUGUUGCUGAAGAUUUUGGUUGUGAAAUGUGAUCUAAAAUUGUUGUCGCCGAGAUGUGGUCCUAAUUUUUAAAAGUAGUGCAUUGAUGGU